UAUAAAAUGACAGAUAAUACCGCGCGUUAUUGCCGUUUUGCAAGAAUGACUCUCUUUUUUCAUUUACAAUCGAUUAAAAAUAUAAGGAAUGAAACUGUAGAUUGAAUUAUGUAAUACCCAUUGAAUAAAUAGCAUGUGAGUGUCGGAUUAGCAAACAGUCACUGCGACGUACGUGGAGCGUGUGGAAUCAUAGUGCAGAGUGAACGUUAAUAUCGUGCUGAUAAUAAUUCUCGCGCCGCGAAUAUUGAUAUCGUGAGUUGCAUAUAAACGAGUUAAUCGAAGUGUGCUGUAUUAUCGUAAUCGAGGAAACUCUGUUGCGGAAGCUGGUCAUUUCCUCUAACGGCCUUGCAUACAGUUCCUGCUGCUUGCAUCACCUAUCUAUUUUAUCGACGAUAUAACAAUGACUAAUAUUCCGACAAUCACAUUUUCAAAUGGACACAAAAUGCCGAUGCUGGGCCUUGGAACUUACAAGUCUCAGAUGGGGAAUGUAAAAAAAGCUGUUAAGGACGCAAUAGAUCUUGGAUAUCGUCAUAUUGACACAGCUUUCUUUUAUGACAACGAGAAAGAAAUAGGGGAAGUCAUUCGCGAUAUAAUCAAAGAUGGAAAAGUGACCAGGGAGGACCUAUUUAUUACCACAAAGUUGUGGAAUAAUUUUCACAAAGAAGAGCUCGUUGUUCCGGCCUGCAAACAGUCAUUGGCCAAUCUCGGUUUAGAUUAUGUGGAUCUCUUCUUAAUUCACUGGCCAUUCGCCUUUAAGGAGGGAGAUAAUUGUAUGCCUUUAAAUGCCGCUGGAAAUCUUUCCGAAUCGGAUACCGAUUAUUUGGAAACGUGGAGAGGAAUGGAAGAAUGCGUUCGCCAAGGCUUAGUUCGUAGCAUCGGAGUCAGUAACUUCAAUUCCGAGCAAAUUACCCGUUUACUUAAAUCGGCUACAAUCGCGCCAGUCAAUAAUCAGAUUGAAGUCAAUAUAAACGUAAACCAGCAAAAAUUAAUAGAUUUUUGCAAGAAACAUCACGUUACGGUAACUGCUUAUUCUCCUUUGGGACAACCUGGAAAUUCAUCGGGCCUUGACAACAAAUUAGAUAAUCCUUUAAUAUUGCAACUUGCAAAAAAAUAUAAAAAAACGCCGGCGCAAAUAGCACUUCGAUAUGUGUAUCAAGAGGGUGCUACGCCGAUACCUAAGUCUGUAACAAAAAGUCGAAUUAAGGAAAACAUGGAAAUUUUUGAUUUCGCCUUAACAUCCGAUGAGACAAACGCUAUCCGUAAACUUGGCACUGGAAAGAGAGUAGCUAGCUUCGACGUUGCGAAGAAUUUCAAAUACUAUCCCUUCAACAUUCCGUUUUAAAUCAAUAUUAAAGAUAAAGAGAGGAAGAGAGAUAAGAUAAAUUAUAUACAUAUAAAAAGAAAAAGUUUAUUUUAACAUAUUUUGAAGUUGUGUGAGGAAACAUAUAAAAAGAAGAAACUUAUUUUGUUAUCUAAAGUUGUAUAUACUUUACCUGAAAUAUAGUUCAAAAGAUUUUCAAAUGCUA